AUGACCUCCCCAAACCACUCUGCGGUGAUGAAAUUCACUCUCUUAGGACUCACAGAGGACCCAGUGCUACAGAAGGUUCUCUUUGGGGUGUUUCUGGCCAUCUACCUAAUCACACUGGCAGGGAAUCUGUGCAUGAUCGUGCUGAUCAGGACCAAUUCCCACCUGCAGACACCCAUGUAUUUCUUCCUUGGCCACCUCUCCUUUGUAGAUAUUUGCUACUCCUCCAAUGUUACUCCAAAUAUGCUGAACAAUUUCCUGUCAGACCAGAAGACCAUCUCCUAUGCUGGAUGCUUCACACAGUGUCUUCUCUUCAUUGCCCUUGUGAUCACUGAGAUUUAUCUCCUGGCUUCAAUGGCACUGGAUCGCUAUGUAGCCAUCUGCAGCCCUUUACAUUACAGUUCCAGGAUGUCCAGGAGCAUGUGUGUCUCUCUAGUCACUGUCCCCUACGUGUUCGGCUUCUUUAAUGGACUCUCUCAGUCACUGCUGACGUUCCACUUAUCCUUCUGCGGCUCCCUUGACAUCAACCAUUUCUACUGCGCUGAUCCUCCUCUCAUAAUGCUGGCCUGCUCUGACACCUAUGUCAAAAAGAUGGCAAUGAAAAAAAAUGGCAGUGCAGCAACAGAAUUCAUUUUACUGGGGCUCACAGAUCGCCCAGAACUCCAGCCUCUCCUCUUUGUGCUGUUUCUGGCUGUUUACCUCGUCUCCCUCGUAGGCAACCUGGGCAUGGUGGUGUUAAUCAGACUGGACUCUCGCCUUCACACACCCAUGUACUUCUUCCUCGCUAACUUAGCCUUUGUGGACUUGUGCUUCACCUCGAAUGCAACCCCACAGAUGCUGACUAAUUUCUUAUCAGAGAAGAAGACCAUUUCCUUUGCUGGCUGUUUUACACAGUGCUGCAUCUUCAUUGCACUUCUCCUCACUGAGUUUUACAUGCUGGCAGCAAUGGCCUAUGACCGCUACGUGGCCAUCUGCAACCCUCUGUGCUACAGUCUGAAAAUGUCCAGACGAGUAUGCAUCUCCUUGGCUACAUUUCCUUAUGUGUAUGGCUUCUCUGAUGGGCUGUUUCAGGCCAUCCUGACCUUCCGCUUGACCUUUUGUAGAUCCAAUGUCAUUAACCACUUCUACUGUGCUGACCCACCACUCAUUAAGAUGUCUUGCUCUGAUACUUAUGUCAAAGAACAUGCUAUGCUCAUAUCAGCUGGCUUCAACCUCUCCAGCUCCCUUACCAUCAUCCUGGCGUCCUAUGCCUCCAUUGUGGCUGCCAUCUUCUGCAUCAAAUCAGCCGAGGGAAGGCACAAGGCAUUCUCCACUUGUGGUUCCCACGUGAUGGCUGUCACCCUGUUUUAUGGGACCCUCUUCUGCAUGUAUGUAAGACCACCAACAGAUAAGACUGUUGAAGAAUCCAAGAUAAUAGCUGUCUUCUACACCUUUGUGAGUCCUGUGCUUAAUACAUUAAUCUACAGUCUGCAGAACAAAGAUGUAAAACAGGCCUUGAAGAAUCUCCUCAGAUGA